UGCGUCUCGUUUUCUUUUCAGAUCGCUGAAUACAACAGCGGGAGGCCCAUAAACAUGCAAUUAUUCAUUUUUUCGCUAAUCCCGGCACUGGUGUUACUCGGUCAGGUGCGCGAUUUGAAAUACAUGGUGCCGUUCUCGAUGCUGGCGAACACCUUCAUGAUGACCGGCUUCGCGAUCACGCUCUACUACAUCUUCAGCAAUAGCGACCUGCAAUCGUUCAAGAACGACAAGCUGUUCGCCUCGGUGGAGCAGCUGCCCCGUUUCUUCGCGACUGUGAUAUUCGCCAUCGAAGGUAUCGGCGUUGUGAUGCCGGUGGCGAACAACAUGAAGCAACCGCACCACUUCCUGGGGUGUCCUAGCGUACUCAACGUCACGAUGACGAUAGUCGUGAGCCUAUACGCCAUGAUGGGGGUGUUUGGUUACCUCGCGUACGGCGAGGAUUCAAAAGCCAGCAUCACGUUGAAUUUGCCAACAGAGCAAGUUCUGGCCCAAGUGGUGAAGGUCCUCAUUGCCGCGGCCGUUCUCUUCACUUACGGCCUACAGCUCUUCGUGCCGCUCGAUAUUAUAUGGAAUUCCAUGAAGCACUUGUUUAGCCAUAAGUACGCGGCCAUUGGCGAGACGGUGAUGAGGAUAUGCAUCGUUAUGCUAACAGGUAUAAAGUGCUUUAUAUCAUUCGGACGCGAAGUUAAGCGGCAUCUACAAUGA